GGGAGCACCGGCGCCGGCUGCCCGGGCCGCGAGCGCAGCCGAGCUGUCAGCGGGCGGACGGGCAGGGGGCGAGGGAGCCGCGAGCCGAGCGCGCAGCCCUCGCGGCCGGGAGCCGGAGCCGCCGCCCACCGGCGAGGAGGCCGCCUUCCUGCGCGCCCGCCGCCCGCGGGGGCACGAAGAUGCUGCUCCUCGCCCCGGGGCCGGCGCGGGGCGGGGGCCGGGGGCGGCCGGCGGGGCUUCCCCGCCGCGGGCGCUCGCCGCCCUGGAGCCCCGCCUGGAUUUGCUGCUGGGCGCUCGCCGGCUACCAGGCGGCCUGGGCUGGGGACCUGCCCUCCGUUUCCAGCCGCCCGCUUCCUCCUUGCCAGGAGAAAGAUUACCACUUUGAAUAUACGGAAUGUGAUAGCAGUGGCUCCAGGUGGAGAGUUGCCAUUCCAAACUCUGCAGUGGACUGCUCUGGCCUGCCUGACCCAGUGAGAGGCAAAGAAUGCACUUUCUCCUGUGCUUCUGGAGAGUAUCUAGAAAUGAAGAACCAGGUAUGCAGUAAGUGUGGUGAAGGCACCUACUCCCUGGGCAGUGGCAUCAAAUUUGAUGAGUGGGAUGAAUUGCCAGCAGGAUUUUCCAACAUUGCAACUUUCAUGGACACUGUGGUGGGUCCUUCUGACAGCAGGCCCGACGGCUGUAACAACUCUUCUUGGAUCCCUCGUGGAAACUACAUAGAGUCUAACCGUGAUGACUGCACGGUAUCUUUGAUCUAUGCUGUGCACCUUAAGAAGUCAGGUUAUGUCUUCUUUGAGUACCAGUAUGUCGACAACAACAUCUUCUUUGAGUUCUUUAUUCAAAAUGAUCAGUGCCAGGAGAUGGACACCACCACUGACAAGUGGGUAAAACUCACAGACAAUGGAGAAUGGGGCUCUCAUUCUGUAAUGCUGAAGUCAGGCACAAACAUUCUAUACUGGAGAACUACAGGAAUCCUUAUGGGUUCUAAAGCUGUGAAGCCUGUGUUGGUAAAAAAUAUCACAAUUGAAGGGGUGGCAUACACAUCCGAAUGCUUUCCGUGCAAGCCAGGCACUUUCAGCAACAAACCUGGUUCGUUCUCCUGUCAAGUAUGUCCCAGAAACACCUAUUCUGAGAAAGGAGCCAAAGAAUGCAUAAGGUGUAAAGAGGAUUCCCAAUUUUCAGAGGAAGGAUCCAGUGAAUGUAUAGAGCGCCCUCCCUGUACCACAAAAGACUAUUUCCAGAUCCACACUCCAUGUGAUGAAGAAGGAAAGACUCAGAUAAUGUACAAAUGGAUAGAGCCCAAAAUCUGCCGGGAGGAUGCCACAGAUGCUAUUAGAUUGCCCCCUUCUGGAGAGAAGAAGGAUUGUCCACCUUGCAACCCUGGAUUUUAUAACAAUGGAUCAUCUUCUUGCCAUCCCUGCCCUUCUGGAACAUUUUCAGAUGGAACAAAAGAAUGCAGACCGUGUCCAGCCGGAACGGAGCCUGCUCUUGGCUUUGAAUAUAAAUGGUGGAAUGUCCUCCCUGGCAACAUGAAAACUUCCUGCUUCAAUGUUGGGAAUUCAAAGUGUGAUGGAAUGAAUGGUUGGGAGGUGGCUGGAGAUCAUAUCCAGAGUGGGGCUGGAGGUUCUGAUAAUGAUUACCUGAUCUUAAACUUGCAUAUCCCAGGAUUUAAACCACCUACAUCUAUGACUGGAGCCAUGGGUUCUGAACUAGGAAGAAUAACCUUUGUCUUUGAGACCCUGUGUUCAGCAGACUGUGUUCUGUACUUCAUGGUGGAUAUUAAUAGAAAAAGUACCAAUGUGGUGGAAUCAUGGGGUGGAACCAAGGAAAAACAAGCUUACACCCACAUCAUCUUCAAGAAUGCAACAUUUACAUUCACAUGGGCAUUCCAGAGAACUAAUCAGGGUCAAGAUAAUAGACGGUUCAUCAAUGACAUGGUGAAGAUCUAUUCUAUCACAGCCACUAAUGCAGUUGAUGGGGUGGCAUCCUCCUGCCGUGCCUGUGCCCUCGGUUCUGAACAGUCGGGCUCAUCGUGUGUCCCCUGCCCCCCAGGCCACUACAUUGAGAAAGAGACCAACCAGUGCAAGGAAUGUCCACUGGACACCUACCUGUCCAUACAUCAGGUCUAUGGCAAAGAGGCUUGUAUUCCAUGCGGGCCUGGGAGUAAAAGCACUCAGGACCACUCGGUUUGCUAUAGUGACUGCUUUUUCUACCAUGAAAAAGAAAAUCAGAGUUUGCACUAUGACUUUAGCAACCUCAGCAGUGUGGGCUCGUUCAUGAAUGGUCCCAGCUUCACCUCCAAAGGAACAAAAUACUUCCAUUUCUUCAAUAUCAGUUUAUGUGGGCAUGAGGGGAAGAAGAUGGCUCUCUGCACCAACAAUAUAACAGACUUUACAGUAAAGGAAAUAGUGGCAGGGUCGGAUGAUUACACAAACUUGGUAGGAGCAUUUGUGUGCCAGUCAACUAUUAUUCCUUCUGAAAGUAAGGGUUUCCGAGCAGCCUUAUCAUCACAAUCCAUCAUACUGGCAGAUACAUUUUUAGGAGUAACAGUUGAAAGCACAUUGCAAAAUAUUAAUAUAAAAGAAGAUAUGUUUCCAGUUCCAUCAAGCCAAAUACCAGAUGUGCAUUUCUUUUAUAAGUCUUCCACAACUACAACAUCUUGUAUUAAUGGCCGGUCAACUGCUGUGAAAAUGAGGUGUAAUCCUGCUAAACCCGGAGCGGGAGUGAUUUCAGUCCCCAGCAAGUGCCCAGCAGGCACUUGUGAUGGGUGUGCAUUCUAUUUCCUGUGGGAGAGUGCUGAAGCUUGCCCCCUGUGCACGGAGCAUGACUUCCACGAGAUUGAGGGAGCCUGCAAGAGAGGAUUUCAGGAAACCUUAUAUGUAUGGAAUGAACCUAAAUGGUGCAUUAAAGGAAUUUCUUUGCCUGAGAAAAAGUUGUCAACCUGCGAAACUGUUGACUUUUGGCUGAAAGUGGGAGCAGGUGUGGGAGCUUUCACGGCUGUUUUGCUGGUGGCUCUGACUUGCUACUUCUGGAAAAAGAAUCAAAAACUGGAGUACAAAUAUUCCAAGUUAGUAAUGACAACUAAUUCAAAAGAGUGUGAACUCCCAGCUGCAGACAGUUGUGCUAUCAUGGAAGGAGAAGAUAAUGAAGAGGAAGUUGUAUAUUCCAAUAAACAGUCACUACUAGGAAAACUCAAAUCCUUGGCAACAAAGGAAAAAGAAGACCAUUUUGAAUCUGUUCAACUGAAGUCCUCAAGAUCCCCAAAUAUAUGAAGAGACAGUGCUGUAGCCUUCAGACUGAUGAACAGAGAAACCUGCUCUCGUUUUAUAGGACCAUAUUUUAGGGCCGGUCCUCACACCUGUCACGCUGGUGAUCUCACUGAGGAGGGCCAUGCUGCUGAAAAGGGAAGGAGGUUGAAAUGUUCGAUUGCCUUAUCACAUGGUCAAGUACCUUGCCAAAAAAGGAAAGCAAAUGAUUUGGGUCUCAACUGAAGAUGAAACUCAACUCAGGAAGAGAUUUAUCUGUAUAUACACAUAACUGAAAACCAAGUUUAAGCCCACCAGUGCACUGCUGAUGCAUGCCAUAUAAUUAAUGGGUAACUUUUAUUCUUUAUAAUGUCUACAUAAAAAAGUGUGCUUUGGAGGGCAGAUAUUAACAUAUGCGUUGUGAUCCCAUUUAUGUUUUUUCUUUAUAUUUUGGGAAAGAUUUGAAAAAAAUUUUAAGGUAUAGUUAUUUUUCCCAUUAUUUAUUUUCCUGAGAGACCUUAAAACAGCUUUUCUAUUAAAAAUGGGGAGCAACAAAAGACAAUAAAUUUUUCUUUUUUUCCAUAAGUUUAUCUUCUCUUGAUUUCAGAAGCUUAAAUGAUCAGUAAUAUUUUAGGAAGAGUUAGCAUGUGCUGAAAUUGUCUAAACUUAGAAUCGCCUUUGAAAUUCCAUCGUUGUUGAAAUUGGUAAGAAGGGCUUGACUGGAAGUUCGAAGGAGCCUUAAAUAAACAAACAAAAGGCAAGAAGCAGCCUUGAUUGUCCAUUAAUACAAACAAGCUGGUACUAUCAUAGAAGUCAAAUGGCUUUAAACAGUUGAUGUAGUGCUUCAGUAUGAUUUAAAGUGAGUGGGAAAGUCUGUUUAUCAAAUCGCUGGCAAUAUCAUGAAGAAGAAAGUGGGAUGGCUUGUCUAUAAGUACAGACAACUGUACAAAGGUAUUGGGUAAUUUCAUGGUCUCCAGAAAAUGUCAGUGGGGCAUGUGCCCUAUGUCAAGCACUAGAGGUUAUAUGGUUAUUUUUCUUCUACAAUACUUUGAGGAUUAUGACUUUCUUGAAAGUUUUUUUUUAAGCCAAUAAGGCAGGAAUUUAAUUGUGGAAAAUUGCAUAUAAUUGUAUUCAUAAUAAGAAUAUGGUUGUACCAUAAGCAAUUAUGAAAUAAGUGUUGGUCCUAUUCAAAAGUAAUCCAGAUAAUUGUGAUAUUUCCUAUGAAUACAAUAACAGGUAACUAGUAUUAUCUCAACUUGGAUAUUAUUUGUUGAAUGAAGUUUGAAUGCAUUUGACUAAUUUUGCUAACUUUGUGUAAACCUUAAUUGUUUUAGAACUGAAAAAGAAGGGAGUUUCCUGGUCAUUGAUGAUCUAAGGUGCUCUGGCUUGUUUCCAAUAAAGAGUAAUCUUUAUAGAUCUUAAUUCAGAUUUUUAAAAAGACUCUUGAUUGGCUGAGAGAGGCAGGGCAUAUGAGUAGGGUUAGUUGACAGGUUUUCCCCAAGCAUUUCAAUGAAGUAUGACUUGUAACUUUUGAUCUGCAGGUGAUUUCUUUAUUUUUAUGGAAAAUGGAAGAAAAAUGAAUAAUCCUGUUUAUUUGGCUGGUGGGUAAAACACUAGACCAUCCUGUUAUUAUUGAAUGAAUGUUUGUUUUAUAUAUAUUUCUACUGUUAACGUAUACGAGUGAGGUUACCAUUCUUGUUUGUUGUGAAAUUCAGGGAGGGUGUCACUUCGCAUAAGCCUUUUUUUAUUUUUUGCAUUUUAUUUCUUGAGUCUUUUUUAUGAAGAAGAAAUUAUUUUGGCCUUGUUACCACUGUUACCCUGCUAACAGAGUGCUGACGAGCCUUUUCUCAUCUUGAUCAAAAUUUAAACAGAAGAUUGGAAAUACAUUUGAAAUGCACCCUUUCAGAGGAGCCUUGGCAAAGUUGUCUAGACUGGACAGAGCCAGAAAAUUUCCACCUGUCACCUCUGUCUUCAUCUUCAGCUGUGCUCAAUGCGUAUGUUCCAAGCCAUGGAGAUAAUUGGGAUUUGCUCCCAGGUAGCUUCUUUCUUCUCCUGUCACUGGACUUAAAAUCUCUGACAUGUCAAAAAUGCCUUAAAUUUUAAUGAACUCUCUGAAAAUGUAGUUGAUAUUGAAGAAUUUAUUUUAUUUCUAAUUUUAGAUCUUAAAUGGAUUUUUGUCAGCUCAGUCUCAUCUUUGGAAAGGAGCUGACUUUUUCCUUUGGAUUCCAGUGGUUUGUCAUUUUAUUCCAAGCACAGAAGAAGCAUGGCAGAAAGAAUAUUAUGAGGAAAAUAUUCAGACCAAUCCUGGCUAUAAAAUUCACUUUAGUUUUAUGUCUGGCCUUUGCAAAGCUCAGUGAAAUGUUGAAAGGCAUAAACAAAUUAAUCAUAUUUCUGUGACUUUUAAUUGACAUUUGUUGUUCCUUUUUCCCCAUAAAUGGGAGAAGAAGAGGUUAUUUGUUAUUUUUCUAAAAGGCACAGUUUUAAAGCCUUAAAUACUUCAUUAAGUCAACUGUCACCUAUAAUAUCUCUUAGCACUCUGUCAAAACGUAUUUAAACCAGUUUUCUGCUGGAUGAGAACAUGUCUUCUAUGGAUAAAUUAAUAUCAUGCCAUUUAACAAUGUUGAUCAAUUUGAUAUGUGUUCACUUGAUUAAAAAGUCUGAAUUUUAUUAUUGUUGAUUUCCUCCCCCCCUCUUUAGUUACUAGUAAUGAAAUCCUUUCUAGGAUUAAAAAUAUUUCAUAGUAUUUUUGUGUAGAUGUCUGUCCUUAUUUUCUUUCCAAAGAAAAAGGAGGUUUAAAUUGGUUUUGUGGAAGAAUUGCUCGAAUGCAGUCAUUUACCAUCUGGGGUCUCCAGGUCCCCAGGUGGUGGGUCGUGAUUGACUGUGUGUCUUCAAGACCCAUCUGGCCAAAUGUCAUUUGAUGUCUAACGAUAGAGCUGCUUCCGUUGGCUCAUGGUAAUUUCUAAUGGGAGGCUAAUGUAUAGAUCAUUUAUCUCUUCCUCAUUAAAAUAAAUUUCCUGGGAUUUGAGGUGGGAAGAUAACUCCAUUGGCCAAGUUUAAAGUCAGGGUACUGCUCGCAUUUAUCUUUUUACACCAACGAUAUGUAGAGUAGAUUUCAGAGGACUUAAAACGCCCUCACAUGUAUUUUAUAGUAGUGAACAUUAUCCCAGGUUUAUAGGCCCAAGUCCUAAGUUAAGGUUGUCCUAAAGUAUAGGUCCUAAAGGGAGUAAACCUUUCAAAAAUCUCAAUACCUCUCUCAUUCUUUGGAAACUAAAAUGGAGUUUGCCUUCACAGUAACUGGCUACAGAUUAUUCUUUUUCUGGAUUUUAUUUAUUUUAGUUUAACACUUUUAGAUGAGUUCCUUUAGGAUCAUAAAUGGAAGAAGUAAAACUUUAAGAUGGGGAUGUGUAUUUAAAAAGAAAAUUACUAUUAAUAUUAUAAUUGAUAUUAAUUUAUGUUACUGUUGCACUUGUCUUGAUCAGAGGCUGGCAAACUCUUUUUUUUUUUUAAAGGGUCAGAUAGUAAUAUGUUUUUGGCUUUGCAGGGCAUGUGGUCUCUGUUGCAUCUACUCAACUCUGCCAUUGUAGCAUGAAAGCAGUCACAGACUAUAUGUAGAUGAAUGGGUGUGGCUGCAUUCCAAUUAAACUGUAUUUAUGGACACUGAAA